AUGAUUGCACCCUGCGUUGUCUUGUUUUCUAUCUUGGCCAUCAGCCAAGCAGUUAAUCCUUGCUGCUCAAAUCCAUGCCAAAACAGAGGAGUCUGCAUGACAGCAGGAUUGGACCGCUAUGAAUGCGACUGUACGCGGACUGGUUAUUACGGGGAAAACUGCACUACACCGGAAUUUUUUACUUGGCUGAAAGUGACGCUGAAACCCGCUCCGUCCACAGUCCACUACCUGCUCACUCACUUCAAAGCAGUCUGGGAUGUAAUCAACAACUUCCCUUUCCUCCACAAUGCCAUCAUGAGAUACGUAUUGAUGUCAAGAUCCCAUUUAAUAGAGAGCCCACCAACGUAUAACAGCCAUUAUGGUUACAAAAGCUGGGAAGCUUAUUCGAACCUUUCUUACUAUACAAGAGCUCUUCCGCCGGUAGACCACAACUGCCCAACCCCUAUGGGUGUGAAAGGUAAGAAGGAGCUUCCCGAUUCCAAGCUCAUUGUAGAGAAAUUUCUACUGCGGAGAAAAUUUAUUCCCGACCCACAAGGCACAAAUAUCAUGUUCACGUUCUUUGCCCAGCAUUUCACGCACCAGUUCUUCAAGACAGAUCAUCACAAAGGAGCAGCCUUCACCAAAGCUCUUGGACAUGGGGUUGAUCUAAAUCAUAUCUAUGGAGAAACUUUGGACAGGCAGAUGAAACUCAGACUGUUUAAGGACGGGAAGCUGAAAUUUCAGAUGAUUGAUGGAGAGAUGUACCCACCUACGGUCAAAGACACUCAGGCAGAAAUGAUCUACCCACCACAUGUCCCUGAGCACCUGAAAUUUUCUGUAGGGCAAGAGGUCUUUGGUUUGGUUCCAGGGCUGAUGAUGUACGCCACGUUAUGGCUCCGGGAACACAACCGGGUCUGUGACAUUCUGAAGGGCGAGCAUCCGGAAUGGGAUGAUGAGCAGCUGUUCCAAACUGCCCGCCUGAUCUUAACUGGAGAGACCAUCAAGAUUGUGAUUGAAGACUACGUGCAGCACCUGAGUGGCUACCACUUCAAGUUGAAGUUUGACCCAGAGCUGCUCUUCAACCAGAGAUUCCAGUAUCAGAACAGAAUCGCGGCAGAAUUCAACACCCUUUACCACUGGCAUCCUCUCCUCCCUGAUACCUUCCAGAUUCACGACCAAGAGUACACAUACCAGCAGUUCAUCUAUAACAACUCCAUCAUGUUAGAACAUGGUCUUUCUCACAUGGUGGAAUCCUUCUCCAAGCAAAGGGCUGGAAGGGUAGCUGGUGGGCGGAACGUCCCUGCUGCGGUGCAGACAGUAGCUAAAGCCUCCAUUGAUCAAAGCCGGCAGAUGAGAUACCGCUCCUUGAAUGAGUAUCGGAAGCACUUUAUGCUGAAGCCAUUUCAGUCAUUUGAAGAGCUCACAGGAGAAAAAGAAAUGGCUGCAGAACUGGAAGAACUCUAUGGGGAUAUUGAUGCUAUGGAGCUCUACCCAGCCCUCCUUGUAGAAAAACCACGUCCUGGAGCCAUCUUUGGUGAGACCAUGAUUGAACUUGGGGCACCGUUCUCCUUGAAAGGUCUCAUGGGAAAUGUCAUCUGCUCACCAGAGUACUGGAAGCCCAGCACCUUUGGGGGCAAAGUUGGCUUUGACAUUGUGAACACAGCUUCCAUCCAGAACCUUAUCUGCAACAAUGUGGAAGGCUGUCCUCUCGUGGCUUUCCACGUCAUAAACCCAGCAACAGCACCAACAAAUAACGUCAGCACCUCCAGCACAGCAAGAGACGAGAUCGGCCGAGCCGUGCUGCUAAAAGAGCGCUCUGCUGAACUAUAGAGAACAGCUGUUUUCAUAUUUAUUUAUUUAUGAUAUCUAUUAUAUUGUGGUUUUUGUUGUUAUUUAUAGUUCAGGCAAAACACCAUGGAUUUUUUUUUCCUGUGCCUUGGCAUCUAACCCACGAUGCCAGACUUAAAGGGGGAGUUCUGCUUAGAUUUGUAGGACUGGAUCCCUUGGUUUUUAAGACUAUCUUCUGUACCAGAAAGAUGUAUUCCAAAAUGGAUCAGGGCAUUAGAUUUGCUGCUUAAACUUGAACAUAAACAAUAGUUCUGCCUCUUAAACUUGACAGGUAUGAUCCUGAAUACAAAACCAUGUUGUGUGCUGUUAUCUGAGAGUCUGGAAGUGCUCUAUUUAAACAACAACCAAAAAUCCAGAACAAUUCUGUGCUCAUGAACAUGGUCCUUUUACAGAAAUCUUUGUACUUUUACAAAAUGAAUGUAGGACAAAAAUAAUCCUUAUGAUUUAGCCAAAGUUAAGGAUUUUUACCCCCUGUUUAUAGUGAGCUCGGUAGGGUGCACAAACAAAUGGAGAGGGAGCACGGAUGCAAAUUUGGGGGAAAGGAAAAUUUAUUUUCACUACCUCUCCCAUGUGUCACAGCAAUAGGUUUUGAUAAUGGACUGAUCAUCAUUUUGUUUGUCUCUAUAACUGCACUUCCCUUUUAUUGCACACAUAGUUCCUUCCUCUUCUAAGAGUAAAACCACAACUGUGUAGGACGCAACCCAGUGAAACCAUUCACAUGUAAUCCCUCUCGAAAUGUAUAGGAGCUUGUAGUCUCUGCAGAAUCUCAAUUGCUUUUUAAUGGAAAGUUUCCCCCCUAGCUCUAUGUAAUAGGUGACUGGAAGAUGAAAUUUUACUCUUGGGUUUUAAUGCUCCAAAACAAAGGCUUGGGACUGUAGAUUUCUCUUUCAUUAUAAUUAAGAAGAUGU